GUCACUUCCGGCCCGUGCGCGGGGCGGUCGAUCCUGUUGCUGGGAUCGCGCGGAGCGGGAGUUGGAGCCGCUUCACUGCUGCCGUCGCCACAGCUGCCUGCCAACAUGGCUACACCACGGCUUCAACGUACAAUGUCCCGAACUGGUGAAAGUUUAUACAAGGCACUAGGAUUGGAGAAAGGAGCUACGCCAGAGGAAAUCAAAAAAGCAUACAGAAAACUUGCUCUCAAGUAUCACCCAGACAAAAAUCCAGAUAAUCCUGAUGCAUCAGAAAAGUUUAAGGAAAUAAACAAUGCAAAUGCUAUUCUGAAUGAUGAUAAUAAGAAACGCAUCUAUGAUGAGUAUGGCUCAAUGGGACUGUACGUGGCUGAGCAGUUUGGAGAAGAAAGCGUCAAAUACUACUUUUUGAUGAACAAAUGUUGGUUUAAGGCUCUUGUUGUAUGCUGUGGCAUUAUCACUGGAUGCUGCUUUUGCUGUUGUUGUUGCUUCUGUUGUGGAAAAUGCAAACCAUCAGGAGAAAUGGAAGAUUAUGAUGUUAUCAAUCCUGAUGAUUUAGAGGCACAGAUUAGAGCAGAACAAGGUGGUGAUGGUGGGGCAGCAGUUGUUAUCGCCCAACCAGCACCUAGUUCAGCCCUUGAAAACGCUGAUGAAAAACAGCAGGUGUAAAUACUCGUGUAAAUAUCCCAAUCAUCAUUCAGCCACCGUCAGAAUCCGCGGAAUCUGAAUCAACCUAGCUGUCUUCUGACCAAAAAUCUGGCUGCAGAAGCGACACAUAAAAAAAGAGGAUCCGAAAAUUCAUUUUAACAAGGCAUAUUUGAGCAGGGUUCUGAAAAUUUAUUUUGACUGAACAUAUAUGUAAUUUAUAGUUUGCCAUUUUUUUCUGAAUGAUCUUUAGAGUCAACCAACACACUUGUAAAUUUGUUUUGUAAUGUAUUGUACAGUCUACACUUGUGUUAUGUCCAACCACAGAGCAACUGAAACAUUCUUAUGAGAUAUAAUCUAUUUUAAACAAAAUGGUUACUUGGCUGCUUUUUUUUUUAUUAGUCCUACAGGCUUUUUUUAAAAACAAGUAUAGCUAUGUACUAGGUCUGUAUUGGACUGAAAACUUUAUAACUUCAUACUUCAUUCCAUUGAACCAGAUAUCUGAGUUGGUUUGCGAAUAAAAAUGGUAAGUAAUUUCAAGUUGCACUGAUUUUAGGCUUUCAAAUUACUACGUUAGCUAUUAGUAAAACACUGCUAAUUCAAGAAAAAUGUAUAUACUGUACACGUCUUUGGCCCAGAGUACACUUUUACUAUGUUUACCACAAAAGCCAGUCCUUUUCUGAAGCAUGUGGAGAAUGGUUGCCAAAUCAAAUUUGGUUUGGGAAUUAUAGAUGUCUUGAAUAUUUCAGUUCUGAUGGCUUAGAAAGUAGUUUCUUCAUUGUAUGGAGGCAUUUAAAUGUGUAAGUGCAUAAUAGAUUUGCCAUGUGCACCACAACUUAGUUGACCAGGUGGAUGUUUUUUAUUUGAAUGACGCAACCUAUUAGUUUUAGGGUAUACUGGAAUUAUUGUUUCAUUAGGGGAGAAACUUUUGCACGUUCACCAAAAGUUAGCUCCAUAAAGCUUUUGUUUUCUUAAAAAUGGCUAUUUGACCUAAUAAGAAUGUACUCUGUACAGCACUGCACUUUUGAUUAGUGAUUGAAGUUUUGUGCCAAAUAGGUUAUUUACUUAUUGACUCAGUGGAUUUAGUUAUCAGGAACAUAUGUGGGAAGAUGUAAUCCACAGUCUCUGGAUAUAGUGCUAUGAGCUAAUUACUGUUGUAAGAUUUACUUGACUGCUUUAAAAAAACUAUCUGUAAUCUGGCCAAAAAUUUAAAUCUCUUAAUCAUAGAUGGAUAUUUGGAUCUGCAAUGCAUUUAGCUGUGAAUCCAGUGCUGCUAACUUCUAUCAGAAUUUUGAUUUAUUGGAAGUUUUGAAUAACACAUUAGUUUUUAAAGAAAUUUUUAAGGUGGGAAAAUGUAGAUCCAGUUUUAAUUUCCUGACUGAAUUUAUCAACCUUUGGCAGCCAUCCAUCUUGUGAGAUGAUGGUUUGUUCCUUGAUGGUCAACUCUUGUGUUCAGUGAAACUCUCCAAGGUGCAAAUUUUAUAGAGACCCUGGACUGCUCAAAAGUCAGGGUCUCCCUGUCGGCCUCUCCAGUUGGAUCCAAAGAAAUACAGAACACGACGUUUGGCACGGCCUUGGUUGCAGGAGUUGCCUAAAAGAUGACAGAGAGUUAGGCCUCAGUCUGUCUUUGGAUUGCACUCCAGAUUAUCUGUCAGGGUUUAUUCCCUUAGCCUUCAUGUCUCCCAACGUAGCCACAGGGCAGUGGAACUAUUUUCCCAGAGCUGGGAGUUUAGCUCAUGAGUACCAGGACUUGCCCAUACACGGUGGGCCUGCAUACUUGGGGGACAAACUUCCUCCAAGUUCCUUUGAGGCCUCGAGGGACCCAGUGUCCGCAUGCUUCAUGAGGCACAGUAGAGGACUUGCCAGUGGAGAGGCUGUGUAUUGACAGGCAGAGGCUUGGGCUUUUGGCUCUCCUUUAUGCAUUGCUGCUAGCCAGCAGUAUAGGUUUGAAGUGAGAAGCAAACUAACAAACAAAAAGUGAAAAGCACGCUAACUUUUUUCACCUACACACUAGACACACCACAUCAACCUGUUGGACACAGAGUGGCAUUGCAGGCAUUUGCAGUUCUAUGAUAAAUUCUGAGUAAAGGUUGAUGGCUAUUAAUUACUAACCUGUACCUAAUGGUGUCUGAUAAAUCCCCCAUAGCUUAACUUUACAAAUACAAAACUAAUUCAAUCUUCAGAGUAUUUUCCCUUAUUAAAAAGCCAAUCUCAAAGAUUCUGUUUAUUUUUUUAGGUGUCCAAGGGUAUCUUAUAUCCUUCAGCAAAUGGGUGAAAGUGAAUUUCUGUAAUAUGCUAUGGCAGCAACUAAGUGAGAAAAUUUUAAUUUAAUGAGCCACUGACUCAAAGAUUAUUUUUUUGAGCUGGUAGUCAUGCAUACUUGCUGAUGACUUUUACUGCAUGGGCAGAUUUUACAAAUGUCAUUUAUGUGACUAUUGCAACUGCAGAUCUUUCAGAAGUUUUGGACUUUUCUACAGUGAUCACUAAAAUUAAUAAAGCAAUGGAAUUUAAAUAAAAAGAACAACUAAACUUAAAUCUACAGCUUCAUUCUUAAUUAAUCAACAUUGAAAAUUAACACUGCUCUUUUAAAAGGAAUCGGCUGCUUUGGUGCACCUGUAAUAGAUUAUUGAGGUUGUUUUAUAAUUUCCAAUCAAAAGCAAUCAAAUCUUUAUUACUUGCAGACUGUGGGUGAACAAAAUUACUGUAAUAAGAUUGAAGUUGAAUCCUGUCAAACAGGUUUUUGUGCUGCCACUAAAUAUAAUGAUUGUAAAUGCCAACUAAAAUGCUUUUCCAGGAAUCAUGAAAUGUAUAUUUAAUUGAUGCACAUAACAUAAUUGAUAAAUGACAAUUAGCCACUCUUUUUAUUGAUCUAAUUGUAAAUACUGGAACCUGUAUGCUACAUUUAUUAUACUGAACUUUUAAAAUGUUCAUUUAACUGUAUAAAUUUUAUUACUGUGCGCAAAGUUUCCAUACUUGUGCAUUUUCUAAAGUACAUGUUUACAGCUAACAAACCUCAGUAAUGGAAUUUAUCCUGUAGUAAACUUUUUGAGACAGAGAAUAAGUCUGGUAGAAAGGGUCUUCAAAGCUGCAGUAUAUUAUAGCAAAAUAUUUUUAGAACUCAUUUGAAAUAUCUUUUGGUCACUGAAUCCAGGUUUUGGAUAACAAUAUACAACUGUAAACAUUAGAUGAAUGCAGCUCAAGUAAAAUCUUUAUAUACUUUACAUUUUCCAAUUUCUGAUCCAUUCCAGAAAAUGGGUUGUAUUCCAACAGAGACAUGCAAGACAUUUUUGGUCUAACAAUCCUCUGAACAUGUGAAAUGGCCUCUCUAAUUACAGAUGUGGAGAAAACUUGUUAAUAUGGUCUAACCAAAAGCAGUAAGGCUGCACAAGUUGCUUUGGGGACUAAUACCUGAGAGUUACAUAAAUGUAUAAUACUGUAUGAAAACAGAAUAGCCAUUUUUAACUUUUGUCAUCUUACAAAUUUAUGCAAAUCACUUACAAAAUGUGUAUCUUUCACAUGAUUGUCAUUACUGUGGAUGAACAAUGUAUAUGGCACCUUUUUGGCCAGUAUUGCUUAUUUUUCUAUCAUGUUCUGCAGCUUUAGAGCUGUCAUUUUUUAACAAAGCAGUUUGAAUUUCUAACACCUAUGCUGAUGAUCCAUGUUUCUGUGAACAAAGGGUUAAUGUUGAUACCCACUUAGCAUAAUUUGUAUGUCACACAGUGAUUACAGAAGCAGCUUUCUCAGUAAUUACAGAUUAAUAUUUGUCCAAUUGCAGUGUAUUAAAACAGGAAUCAGUUGUUCUUUGCUGAGGCACAUGUUUUAUGUCACUUCUCCCCAUCGUGGGUAAAGUUUUCUGCUUUAACUUUUCAGAGUUACUGCUGUUUCAUGUUUGGGAUACAAAGUUAAUUUGGUAAUGAGGUUCUGGUUUACAAAUCGUACUUAUCAUUUAAAAGUAGAUAGCUUUGUUGAAGAUCUCAAGGUGUGAAAAUUCUUGUGGCGCAGUUCUGUAGCCUAGAUUCUGUUGAAUAUUUUGACCUGAGUGGAUUUUUUUAACAGUUGCAUAGUCCUACUUUAUUUUUAAGUGUUGCUCAUAGCAGAUGUUGCACACUCACCUGGAUUGUUUCCGACUGAAAUGUAUUUUUAAUACAAAUAACUGAUAUAAGAAAGUGAUGCGCCUUUUCAUUAAAAUAGUUUUUUUCUCCCCUCCUUUAAAUACCCUUUGCAGUUAACAUUUCUGUUGUAACACUGUUGUGGACUAUAGGGGGCAUAACAUACCCUUGAGUGUUGUAUUUCCUAGGAAUUCCCUCUUUGAAAUAUAAUUGAGGUUAAAGUUGUUGAGCAACUAUAUUUUUUUAAUGCAAUUUGUUUAGGCCAAACUAAAUCUGUACAAACCAAAACUUUGAUCAGUAUAUCUUUAUAAAGAAUUAAAAAGCAGUGUGUUUGGGAUGAAGAGCAAAAAAGGUGAUUAAAACAUUGAUUAAUUUUAUCCCUUUAAACAUCCAUAAUGUAAAGAAUGUCUUUCCUGAAUAUGCAUUAAUCGUCUAAUAAUCUGAAUACAUGGAUUCUGCAUCCACAUUUGUUUGAAAGUUUUCUGAAGGAAAAAUGUACAACAAAGAUCUGUCUGAUAGUGGAAUUUGGAAACCAGUGUUUUGACAUACAGCUCCUGUAUGCUUCUGACAGUUACGCAUUUAUUAAUCCAUCCACUACAAAUCUAAAUUGCACUUUUCUUGGAAGUUACACAUGUGCAACCAAAUCUUAUUUUAAAAGCUAAAGAUUUUUUUUUUUAAUGAUUUUACCCACACAGUAUAAGCUGAAUUCUAAGGCUUUAACUGGUGAAAUGUAUGUCCCUAAUAAUAAAAAAAAUUCUGUUUUUGGGGAACAUCUUUUUUUAUUCCAGUUGUGCUCACCUUCAGAAAUGAUUAUUUAUUCAGCCAGAUGAAUAACUUGGUGGGGCGGGGGGAGGAAGUUAGGUUAUAAAUUGAGGAUCUGCAGUGGUUGCAAGGGUGGUUAAGGGUCCCCUUUUUAAGAAAAAAACUGUUUACUUAUUGCAAAUGUCCACAUCAUUCAUGGUAAAUGAUGGCCAAGUCACACAGGUUAUCUACAGCAGUAAAUGUUAAGUGCUUCCUCUUAUGCUGUCUGUGCCAUUUGAUCAAAAUUUGAACAGCAGUCAUAUAUUUUCAUAAUAUAUCUGGUUAAUGGAUCAGGGACUACUUAGUACUAAAACAUGCUGUAACAUUGUGCUAUGUAGGGGUGCAGUUAUACUGCAAAACAUACACUGCAACUGUUGAUCACUGAAUAUAAACAUAACUGCCAAAUAAAUUGCAGGGCAUUAUAACUCCCGAGCUGGAUCCAGUGCCCACCCCAGGUGGCAGUAGUGUUAGAUCACAUGAAAAGAGUUUCCCACUGCUUGGGCUUAAUGCCAAAUAAAUCAUAACUCCAGUGGAGUUUUAAGCAGUACUCAGGGGUCCCGCUAGCUCAACAUUUAGAAUUUGACAUCUGGAAUCUAACUCUGUGCAUGAAGGAGUAUGGAGGCACAGAGCUCCCUCUUCAUUGUGAAAAAUGGAAUUUGAAGCCAGGCUGCCUGGCCAGAACUAUUCUGUAGCUAGAAUGAGUCAAGAUCAAAAACUAAGUUCUCUACUUAUAUUAAACAUGGCCAAAAAUCUCCAAUUAUGAAUGCAUAACCUACUGCCUUUGGGGUUAAAUGUGAGCUUAUGUGCAAUAGUACGCUCAGUGAAUUUUGAGUUAAUAUUUUUGUAACUUGACCAGCCUUCAUGUUUGUACUCAAGGUGAUGAGAAACACCUGAAAUGUGAAAAUAACUCAUCUGGUGGAAUCACUGUCUGAUAAUCUCAAUUCUAGACAUUAUAUCUGGAAUAAACAUGUAAACAUUACUAGAAUUAUUUAGUAAAUCGCUGGCAAUAGUAAGUGAUCUUGUUCCCUUUUAAAGCAUUCAGGAUUAUUUGUUUAGGUACAGAAACUUUAGGCAUAGCAUUUCCGGAAUUGCACUAAAUACUGGAACUGUUUGCUCUGAAUAAUAUCCCCGUAAUGUCUUGUGCUGAUUGGCCAUACUCCAUGAAUUACUGGAAUUGUUUUUUUCAAAGCAUUUAAAUAUAUUACUUGUAUAUGCAGUUUUGAAACUUUAUGGCAAAAUUUUGUAUAAACAAAUUUAGUUGUUGCUUUGAAUUCAAAUGUAAUGCUAUGCAAUUUUAGUCUGAUGUAAGUAGAGAAGAGCAUGUGCCAUGUUACUCUGAUAUUUGUGUUUUUCUAUCUUAAUCAUAUCGUAUGUUGUCUGCUUAGAAUGUUACCCAAUAAUAGGACUUUUGGGAUGUAUUUUUGGGAAGUCAAGCUCUUCAUAAAAUGAGACAGCUUCCUUUUAGUAAACCAUUUUUUAAAAAGUAUUUCUGGCAGAUUUUCUUACAGUUCUGUAGCCUACUAAAAUUAAGAUCUGUUGGGAGCUGGUUUAACUGUUGCAACUAGGAAUGUGCAGUUAAAUCAACCUAUAGGCCAAGAGCCAGGGAAGCUGUUUUGAAAGAAUGCUGGUUGUGAAAGAAAGUUAACAACUAAAUUUAAACUAGUGGCAGUGCUUCUUUGUUAAUGAUGUUGAUUAUGUCCAACAUAACACUUCUAAAGCAUGGCAAACUAUUCUAGUAACAAUGUAAAUUCUUUAUGAAAGGCGAGGUUAUGAUUUCUGUAGGUUGUUUUCAAAAUCAUGCAUGUUAUUAAAAAGAAAAACUUCAAAUUUAAACUUAAACAUAUCACUGAUUGAAUGUAGUUGAAUAAUGAUACUGUCUCAUUGUCCACAUUUCUAUCUCCAGAAAAGGUUCGAAGGGAGAUUUAUUUUGCUCCCAUCUCUUGUUGUAAGACUGCUGUAAUGAGAAACAUCACAGUCAUGAAAAUUCUGAACUGUGUUUAAUGGUUAAAGGGCUUGGGGUAUUUUUCAGUUGCAUACUUCACUAUAUAAAGGGAUAGUGAACAUUCAUUUAUAGGGAACUGAGUAAUGUUGCAAUUUUAAUCUAGACUGGGCUGUGUCUGGAUUUAAUGUGAUCAGAAUAUAUUUUGUACAAUUUUCUCAUGAAAGACUUGACAAUAAAUGUGGAUUCCUAA